AUGUAUUCAUACCCUGCUGUGUUCAACUUCCAAAAUGUAACAAACGUGACUAUCGUGAACCGUGGUUCACAAUCAACUUUAUGUAGCACUCCAGGAAAAGCAAAUGAAAAAUGUCUAGGAUUGGUUGAAAAUUACUUUGUUUACAAAGAUGGAAAAGAAUGUAAUUUUCACGAAUUCAUAGUAUACAACUUGUACUUUGGUAUCAUCAGGGGAACAAAUGUAAAAUCCGACCUAUUUACUUCAUACCUAGUCAUUGGUAAAAAAUAUUCAAGUUCGUUAAAGGAACUAUCAGAGUGGAGAAAUUCAAAUGAAAUUCUUAGCAUAAUUGGAAAUUAUAUAAAAAGUGAUCUUCUUGAUGACGAUGACCCACUAUUAUCAGCAAUUAUUGAUGUACAAGAUAUCAAAAUGGAUCUGAAAAAACACCACCUAUACAACAAAUUAAAAAAAUGUAUAGGGUGGGAAGAAUUUUCCCAGGAUGACACAAUUGGAAUAGUUUCAAGUCUUAGUUACCAUGGCAAAAGAAUGUGCAAAUUAACAAGAAAUUUCAUUGAUCAAGUGUCACAAAUGGUUAACAAAUCUACUUAUUCUCAUGAUAUAAUCUCAAGCUAUAUGAGGUUUCUUGCACCUGAUAUCUUUGUUAGAUGGGAAUCUGGACAAAGUCUAGCUUCCAAAGAUUGUGGUGUACAAAAGUACCCAGAUAUAAUUGGUACUAAGCAAAAUAGUAAAUUAAAUUGCAUGCAUGAAAUUUUAUAUGGAGAAAUUUCAUAUGGACCAUUCAAUUCAGAUGCUGAAGAGCACAUUGAUAAUGAUUGUUUAAAAAUUGGUAAGCUAGGUAAAGAUGGGCUAGAUCGUAUUAAGAGAUUAUUGAAUACUUCAAAAGUUCAAAUUAUUUUGAUUCAUUUCUUUGGUAAAUUUAUUUAA